CGUACACGCUGCGUUGCUUCUACGGCGGAACGUGCGUGGCGCCCCUCGUCUGUACGCUGUUGACGCUGCAGAGCUCCCUCCUGACAGCAGGUGAGGUCAAAUGCAGGAGAGAGGAGCGGAAGCGGUUUGCUGACAGGUGGGGCGAAGUUGUUUUAGCUCCGAUGGAACAAAUGGACGACGUGAAAACGGUGCUGGUCGAGAGCCUUAUCGUUUGGCUGCAGACCUUUAACACUACUGCACCCUGCAGAACUGUGGAGGAGCUGACCACUGGAGUGGCCAUUUCACAGGCACUGCAUCAGAUAGACCCAGCAUGGUUCAAUGAUGGAUGGCUUAGUCGAAUCAAAACAGAUGUUGAGGACAACUGGAGACUGAAGAUGAACAACCUGAAGAAGGUCCUUCAGAUGGUGGUUGAUUAUUACAAUGAGGUCUUAUGUCAGGAGAUCUCAGACUUCCCAUGGCCUGAUCUGGCCCUGGUGGCAGAGCAUUCAGACCCUGUGCAGUUGGGGAGGCUGCUGCAGCUCAUACUGGGCUGUGCUGUUAGAUGUGAGCAUAAACAAGAAUACAUUCAGAUCAUCAUGACUUUGGAGGAGUCUGUGCAGCAUGUUGUCAUGACAGCCAUCCAGGAGCUCAUGAGUAAAGACACCAAGGGCCCAUGUGGAGCUGAGCAGUCAGGGGACCUUGAACAGCAGAAAUCCUGCGAGGACCUUGCUGAACUUUUAGCUGAGAAGGAAGCACUAGCCCAACGCUGUCAAGAGCUGGACAUACAGGUGGCCGUACUGCAAGAGGAACGAAACAGCUUAUUGGCCGAGAACGAUGUCUUAACUGACAGAGCCAAUCAGCUUGACACAUUCGAUGACCCUAGCACACCUUCAGGAAAAAAACACAGCCAAUUACAGCAGCAGCUGGAGACACUGCAGGAGGAGAACUUCAGGUUGGAGGCUGCAAAGGACGACUACCGGAUCCACUGCGAAGAGCUGGAGAAGCAGCUAAUUGAGGUGCAGCACCGUAAUGAUGAGCUCACCAGCCUGGCAGAAGAAUCUCGUGCUCUCAAAGAUGAACUGGACGUUCUGAGGAACUGCUCAGAUCGAGUGGUGAUGUUGGAGGCCUCAGUGGAAACAUACAAACGGAAACUGGAGAAUCUGGGUGAUCUGAAGCGGCAGAUGAAGCUGCUGGAGGAGAAUAACAUGACCUACAUGCACAACACUGUCAGCCUGGAAGAAGAGCUACGCAAGGCCAAUGCUGCCCGGGCGCAGCUCGAGACAUACAAGAGACAGGUCCAAGAGUUACACAAGAAGUUGUCUGAGGAGACGAGGCGAGCAGACACUCUCGCCUUUGAAAUGAAGAAGCUGGAGGAGAAGCACGAAACUGUGAUGAAGGAGAAAGAGAGGAUCAUCAUUGAAAGAGAUUCUCUGAAGGAGCUGAACGAGGAGCUGCGAUGCACUCAGGCUCAACAGCACCAGCUCUCGCAAGCACAAGCAGGGAUGCUUUCUUCUGCCAGCCCCAGCCAUGAUAACCUGGCAGCUGAGUUAAUACCGAUUGAGUACAGAGAAAGGUUCAUCAGGCUGCAGCAUGAGAACAAGAUGCUUAGAGUGCAGCAGGAGGAUUAUGAGCAGGAGAAGAUCGCUGCUCUGCAGGCUCAGCUGGAGGACGCACACAAGACACGCAGUGAACUGGACACUGACAACAGAUUGAGCCAAGAGCGGAUCACUGAGCUGCAGCAGCAGGUGGAGGACCUCCAGAAAGCUCUGCAGAGUCAGGUGGCCAAACCUGAUGAUUCAAACCUAAAGCGGAAACUGGAUGCACACAUGGUUCAGCUGAACGAGGCUCAGGAUGAAAUCAUGAAGAAGAAAGAGCUGCUGGAGGAUCUUCAGCCUGACAACACCCAAAACUCCUUGAAGGUGGAUGAGCUGAUGGCUGCUCUGAAGAAAAAGGAUGACGACAUGCGCGCCAUGGAAGAGAGGUACAAAAUGUAUCUGGAGAAAGCUCGUAAUGUGAUCCGAGCACUGGACCCUAAGUUGAAUCCAGCCACCGCUGAGAUCCAGGCUCUGAGGAACCAGUUGGGAGACCGGGACAAGCAGAUUGUCAACCUGGAACGUCAAUAUGAGCAGGCCAGGCUGAGAGAGCAUGAGGAGAAGCUGAUUGUCACAGCAUGGUAUAACAAGAGUCUGAGCUUUCAGAAGUUGGCCAUAGAGUCACGUCUUGGCGGCCGCACCUCCUCCGUGUUGUCCCCUGGCCAAUCCUUUUUGUCCCAGCAGCGGCAAGUCUCAAACGCCCCACGCCGGGCGCUUUCCAUCAGCGUGCCUGCGACUACCUCCAAAUAGACCUUGUCACAGAGCCAAAUGUCUCACCUUGAAGGGGAAAAAUACACUCCCUACAUCCCACAAGUGAGCACUCAAGUGACCUUAUAUACUACAUCUGCUCUCAGGGUCACACAUGAACUGAGUGGGAUCUAUGAGCACUUACCUACCAUCAAAACCCUGUAAGUCACCAACCUGUGGUUAGAGCAUACUGUCCCGCUCUUGCAUAGAGAACGAACCCACAACCUGUGUUCACUUCACUAGCUGAAGUAGUGCACAUGCCCCCCCCCCCCGACAGACUUAGCGUACUUCAUACUGCUUUGUGUUUCUGCUUUGGCGACUGCAGACUCAGCUGAACACUUAGCCUUUGCCUUCUUAUAUCCUGUCACACGUGGUCAGAAAUUAG